GGUGACCUUUCGUCGUGAUCCCUCGAAUCUCGACUCGAUAUUUAUGGGCUAACAGACUCACUAUAGCAGAUGGCUAAGACGACGACACUAUGCCGGCCCUUACGACUUGCAAGGUACUGCACGUGACGCUGUUCGUCCGUCAGCGUAUGUUAGCCGCUCAUGCACCUUCCAUGCAGACUCAUGCACCUUCCAGCAUUGGACAAAAGGUUCCAGCGUGCACCGUUGAAUCGAAUUGCUAAACAGGAUCAGUGAGUGCAAUCUAUAGUUCGAAGAAACAGUGGUGAAUUGGUGGUGAAUUGGGCUUGUGAAAAACCAACGAAAAAAAAAGCGAAACGUCGGGGUUGAAGAUGAAGCCUUGCAGGUGGAGUACGACGGCGCUGCUGUUGGCGCUGUGCAUCGGAGUUUCGCUGGCAGCACCCAGCGUUCGGGUGAAGCGGCAGGAGGAGGAUCAGAUUGCUGAAGCGUCCGAAGUGAAUCCAGUCGGUGCCGCCGAGGACGCCUCGAUCAGUGACGACCUUGACCGUGACAAGCGAAAAGCACCGUCCGAUCCCAAGUUCGAAGCCAAAAAUGCCAUCCUCGGAUUCGUGUUUGGAAAAAUCAACUCGAUCAUCGACGCCAAAACCCGGCUGGUGGACAAACUGGACCACGCGAACAUCGAGAAAAACAAGCAGUACCACAUCGAAUCGCCGAAACCGAUCGGCGAUCUGUCGUCGCUGAUAUCCUCGGUCAUAACGCCGAAGGUCCAGUUCAUCACCAGCAAGAUCGGCUCGCUGAGCAGCGGUCUGCUGGGUGGGCUGUCGGCCGGCGGAAGCAGCGGCGGCAACGGUCACGAUAACGAUCACGGCAACGGAAACGGAAACGGUGCACCACCCGCCCUCGGGGGUGUCGUAUCGUCGCUGCUCAAACUGUCCGGACCGAUUCUGUCCGGUUCGUCCGGUGCCAAUGGGGGAUCCAAUUCGGUUUCGCUAAACGAUCACGACGAUGACGAUGAUGAGUAGGAAGGAGGCCCCCCCCCCUAAAGUCGGGACAUCCUUCUUUUUUGUUGAUUUUGUAUUAUUAUUUGCUGGCUUCGAUAAUUUUGAAAACUAAAAAAAAACAGGGGAAAACGGGAAACUCAGUAGAAAAAAAGUUAACUUUCAUGCGUAGCACCCAUGCGGGCCAAUUCAGAAGCCAUUGUUGGGAGUGUCAUUAUUUCAUUGCAGCAAUCAUCCAUUUGUAAAGAAGCGAUAAAUUAUAAGUUAGGGCUCAGUCAUACAGCUAGGGGAUGUUUUAAAGUAAAACAAAAAAGGAGAAAAAACAAUAAACUAAACCGAAACAAACAAACAACACACUAUCACGAAUUGGUGGGAAAUUUCGAACACAAAACGAACC